AUGAAAAUAUCUGCCUCUAUCACCCUCAUCGCCGGUUCGGCCUUCGGGCUAACUGCGGCAUCAUCGAUAGUCUCGCGCAACAACGACGGCGCGACACUCACCCCGAUUAGAAUCCUUCAAGGCGGAUGUAACUAUGCCGUUCUAGAAUUCAACCCUUUCGUGGAGCCCAAUACUUUGAGGGUUGCGGCUCGUUACAAUACUUCGGAUGGCAACCUCAAGGCAUGGUUGAGUCGUCACCCUAUAAAUUCGAAUAUUAUCAUUGGAUGUAAUGAUAACGCGGUACCAAACGCCCCAGGCUAUCUCACAUCGUACUCCCUGAACUCGAAGACAGGUGAAAUGAAGUAUAUUGACUCGGUCGAUACCGGUGGCUAUCCUGUCCCAGAUUACAGUGUUGCGGCUGCACAUUAUUUUGGACAAAGCGCUUCCACUUUCUCCUUCGAUCCUCAGACCGGUAAAUUUGGUUCGCAGUCCAACAAGGGGCUUCUCGACUUCCCAGGCUACACUCCAGUACAGGGGCAAAUUGGUGUUGCUGGCAAUGACAACACAUCCCAAGCAACGUCGCACCCUCACAUGAUUGCUACUCACCCGUUUUUGCCAGUGUUCUAUUUGCCCGACUUGGGAGAGGACAAAAUUCACGUUUACAAGAUUGGAGCCAAUGAUAGCCUUUCGAAUUUGACGAGCUAUCAGCAACCUUUGGGUUCUGGUCCUCGCCAUUUGACCUUUACGUCGAGCGGACAGUACAUGUAUGUGCUUCACGAACUGGCAGUCAAUAUCAGGCCAUACCAGGUGGACCAAGCGACGGGGGAGCUGACUCAGAUUCAAGACGAUCAACCUAUCUAUCCGGGUAAUGCAACCUUCUCCCUCAACAUCAGUGCAGCAGAAGUACAUGUCAGCAACGAUGGCCGUUUCCUCUAUGCUUCCAACCGAAAUCUGACUGCAGCCACGCUUAUUGAAUCUGGUGACGCCUCUGAUACCAUUGCUGUGUGGUCCAUCGGUACCAACGGUACAAUCACUCGUAUUCAAUCCGCCAUGGCGUACGGGGCCCGACAGAUCCGAGCCAUGGAGCUUUCGCCAGCUGGCAUGACGGCGUCGGCAGGAGGAGAAGACUAUAUCGUCGCCGGGGGUCUCAAGACAGACAACACUUUCGUCUUCAAGAGAAACAAGCUUAAUGGGACGCUAGAAUUAGUAGCCGAGGUCGAAGAAACGUACAUGCCUUCGACUUAUUUGUGGCUUGGGUAG